CAUAAAUAAACUCCUGGAUUCACACUGUCAGUAGAACAAAUUUUUGAUAACAUAAAAUUUGUUCCCUUAAUUAAUCGACGGACCCAGCAAAAAAGUAUUCUGACACAAAUCUCUUGUUGAGUCCCUCGAAGUCACAAAGGCUAGAUGAAAAUAUCUGAUGCUAUUGCCUCCCAACAUCAAGACAAGAGUUAAUCAGUUCAUGCUGGUCCAUCAACACAGUGAUCAAAUUGGACCCAGCAAACUGUUGUGCGCCAGUUGCCAUGUUUGCGUUGCAUAAACAUUUGCGUUAUUACUUUGGCAAUCGUUAUUAUAUGUAUUAUCGACAAUGCUCGCAAAAAGCGAAAACGGGCAUAAUGCUACUAAAUAUGGGUGGCCCGGAAACUACAAAGGAAGUACAAAAUUUUUUAACACGUCUAUUCUCUGACAAAGAAAUUAUCCGUAUGCCGUUCCAAGAUCUUCUAGCUCGUUUUGUAGCAUGGAAAAGGUCACCUAAGAUCGAGGAACAGUAUUCUCGAAUUGGUGGUGGGUCUCCAAUUCUCUAUUGGACCAGAGUACAAGGUGAAAUGAUAGUAAAACACUUAGACGCUAUUAGCCCAGAAACAGCUCCUCAUAGAUUCUACGUUGCAUUUCGUUAUGUCCAUCCUCUUGUGGAAUCUUGUGUUAAUGAAAUGGAAAGAGACGGUGUAGAGCGUGUUGUUGCUUUUAGUCAGUAUCCACAGUACAGCUGUGCUACUUCGGGAAGCAGUUUAAAUGCCAUUGUUCGUCAUUACGAAAGUGAAGAAAAAACUUUCAAUGGUGUGGAAAGUAUUGAGCUUCCUUCUGUACAGAACAAAAGCCCUGGACCAAUCUGGUCCUUUAUUGACAGAUGGCCUGUUUUCCCCCCGUUGGUUAACAGUUUCGCCAAUAAAAUUCUUGGCGAGCUCCAGAGUAUUAAUGAUGAAACAGAGCGUGCGAAUACCGUCCUAAUUUUCAGUGCACAUUCGGUUCCACUAUCUGUCGUCAAUCGCGGUGAUCCUUAUCCUCAGGAAGUAGGUGCCACUGUUCACGCAAUCAUGAAACAACUCAAUUUCUCAUGGCCUUAUCGUCUUACUUGGCAAUCUAAAGUUGGUCCAGCUGCUUGGUUAGGUCCAUCAACAGUAGACACCCUAUAUGGGUUGAGUCGUUUGGGAUAUCGACACGCACUAUUAAUUCCUGUUGCAUUCACUCUAGAUCAUAUUGAAACCCUGUAUGAAAUGGACAUAGAAUAUUGCUCUGAAAUAGCAGCUAAAGCCGGUAUGGUUUCUGUACGCAGAUCACAAUCACUGAAUGGUGACCCUGCAUUCAGUCAAGGCCUAGCUGAAUUAGUCCUAGAUCACCUUCGUCGGGGUGAUCCAUGCUCGAAACAGUUCAUGCUUCGCUGUCCGAUGUGUACUAACCCAUCUUGUGAACGUACCAGAAAGUUCAUUAUGGCCCAAAAAGAACGAGUACAUGGAUGGACAACUCUGCACUUGCCGAACAGUGAGCGUGUACGCUCAUGUAGAUAUAACUAAAGACUGAAACCAUUUUUAAUUGUUUCUAAAUAAAAAUUUUCUGUUUCGAAUCUUUUGAUUCUUAGCUACUACUUUUAAUAAUUAGGAUCCUAGUAACUAUUUACUUUACAUGAACUAUGCUCCUCAUACGACUGUCACAUUUCAAAUAUAAAACAUUGUAGAUAAAAUUUCUCAGUCCACAGUCUAAUUCUUCUCUACAAAAUCAACUAUUUUUCAUUUGUAUUCUUGUGAUCUAAUGAAAUGGUGUUUUUCAUUGAUCCCGUGGUCUGUACACUUUCACCCAACGGUGUUUUAGACUAUUAGGAAUAUAAGGUCUUUUUCCAACCCAAAAAUAUAUUUAUCGAUAUCUAAAUCAUUUAGGUUUUGAAUUGCAUUUCAUCCUGCCCACUUUUCUAUGAGGUUCCAUGUCAUGCGAAUCGCUCACACAAUAUACGAAAAUGUAAUUGGCUGUUAAGUCCCAUCCAUUGUGCGCCAUAUCUUGGAAUGCUUAUUGCAUCAGAUUUUUAUUAUCCAGAAAAGUAAGUAGAAGUCUCAUAGGUCGGUAUAUGUUGAAAUCCUCUUUCAAAUUAAGUUACACAGGCAUUCUUUUUUGUUUUUGUUGAGAAAAAACGUUGGUAGAAUAGUGGCUAAGAAUUGCUUACCAUGCGUUUCCUGUAUACUGAUAUGAGGUAGUGCAAUUAUGUGUUCUAAUUGGAGAAAUUGAAUGGCUCAGUGUAUUGGUUCACAUCACCACACUCAAAAUUCUGCAGGAAAUAUUAAAAUUACUAUCAAUACAAAAAGUGGAGCAUGUUGACCAUUUUAUGUACUACAGUAUCUGAUGUGUGCAAUUUUCUCAAUGCCGUCAGUAACUAGGUAGUUAUAAAGUACUGGCAUCUCUCGAUUUACGUUUGAUAAGUGACCAAUAAACAUAGAUGAUGGGAAACUAUAAGUAUUCUGGUAUUGGUACUUUGUCGGUUCCACGUACUUAUUGAGAUCAAUUAAAAUUAGACUUGGGAUAAACUAGCUGGUCGCGUCAUGAAAUUGUUAUUGGCAUGAAAUCGUGUUCGAUGUUUUGAAUAUUCAAAAAUUGUUGCGAUAAAAUAUCAGGAAUUGUUAACUAAACAUUUUUUCAUGAAGCACCUAAGGUUGACUACACUAAAUGUUAUAACGAGGAAUAUAUUUUAACCAAGCGUUGACUAUUCACUAUCGCCCAAUUCACAUUUAAAAUGUAGUCGGAAGAUACACCACAAUUCCUCCCUAAAAAGCUCUGAGCUCAAGUGGACUCAAUGUUAAUAUCCG